UCAGCUCCAAACAAGAUAUAGAGGAUUAUAGGUGAUGCAGUCUAAAUCUGGAACAACCCCACACAAAACAAAUGGUCUGACUUUUAGUUUUCCAAGUCAUUCGAGAAUAGACGUUGAUUGCUUAAUAUAGCCGUGACCGGUGAACAUAAUGACCGGUAUCUCAACUGGGUUUAUUUGAUUUAACAUAGCUGUAUAAUAUCUACAAAAAAUUCAAGGGUUCGCGUAGUAUUACGGCCUGUAUGCUGUUUUGUGGUGAUUGUUUGGCAGAGUGUGACAUAAACAGAACUCAAGAGAUUGUAGAGAUAUCCAACAUUCCCUUAGCGAGUGGAGCAUACUGCUUAUCACCAGUCGAAGAGACGAAUGCCACCUUGUACGCAAAUAAGUCUACUAAUACCUAACUAUUCGGAGGUAAUUCUAGUUCGCUAAACAGGCAUCAUAAGAUAUACAGGUCUUAAACGAUUAAUGCAGGAUACUCUAAAAGUUGCUAACUAGACUGAUACGGCCAAACCGAUUAAUACUGUAUGCUGCAGAAUUGCUAAAGAGACUGAUAACGAAUACUGCUUUUUAUGUAGAAUACCGCAAGUUUGCUGAUACAGGAUACCAACAUACUGACACAGGAUACCGCUGCAAGGUUGCGAAAUUGAUUGAUACAGGAUAGUGUUGCUAGACAUAUUGAUACAGGAUACUGCCAGGUCGCUAAAGUAAUUCAUACAGGAUUUUUGUUCAUUUAAGAAGAAGAGAUCCGCUGCUAUUCCCGAACCCAUCAUGGCGCGCUUUCGUUCCGAACUUCACAUUCCAAUUCAGCGAGAUGACAUGAAUUUCCAGGACCGCCAGCUAAAACUGUGGGGAGACAUGGAAUCCAGGAUGGAACAGCGCCGCAAGGAAUGGGAGCACGAAUUUGAUAGAAUGAGACAGGACUUCUUCACCCUCAAACCAACAGAGAAAGCGGCACCCCUCAGUCCAAAUAAAAUUCAAAACGUGCAGUCUGUUUUUGACAUGGACAGCGAAGGUCGGCCGAGAUUUAAGGUCAGGUUUGAAGUGAGCGAGUUCAAGCCGGACGAGAUACAGGUCAAAGUUCAGGAGAGUAAGAUCGUUGUCAAUGCCAAGCACGAGGAGAAAAAUGACAAUUACACAGUGUGCAGAGAAUACAGCCGACAGGUGGACAUCCCUAGCAACGUGAAUGCUGAAAAACUACAAUGUCUUUUAAGCAAGGACGGCGUCUUGACCAUCGAUGGUCCAGUAGUGGAUGACAUCAUGAGCAAGGAGAUCUUCCUCCCCAUCAAAUCAACAGACACUGCGAUGAGGCCUUUAGGAGUUGCCACAGCGGUGAAAAAUCCCAUCGUAACACUGCCUGAUGGAAGUAAAAAGCUCCAGCUUCAGGUCGAUGUCGGGGAAUUCAAUCCAGACGAAAUUGUGGUUAAGACCAUGGAACGAAAACUGAUCGUGCACGCUGAACACGAAGAAAAACUGGCUAACCGAACUCUGCACAAGGAAUUUAAUAAGGAAUACGAUCUGCCGGAAAGUGUCGAUCCUGGUAGUAUUACUGCUUAUAUCGGGGAGGACAAGAAACUGACGAUAGAAGCGCCCAUCAAGCCCCCCGUCGAGAGGAGGAAGAGCUACACGGUUACCCAAAGCCAGAACGUCAGGAAGGUGGCGGUCAGCAAGGAAUCGUCUGUGACGAUCACAGACAGCCAGAACAGGCCAAUGGUAACGAUCAGCGUCCACAGGAAGUAAAUUAUAUAACGUGCUGCAUACAACAACUUCAGUUAUGUGCCAUUUUCAUGCUGCUGUUGCUAACUUUACGUCAGAAAGAGGUGCAAGGUUUUUAAAAUAUUACAUCAUAACAGAAAGUGGUGUUUGUUUGAAGAUCAAGUGAACUGGAGAUCAAGUGAACCGGGGAAAAGGUUUCGAACUGGCACAAUGGUCGCUUUAAUAGCAAAGUGAUACUCGCUCGCAUAAUACACACAGUCAAACGUGUUAAGCAGCUACAUUAGUGAGUUAAAAGUGUUAUAUCUCAGACGAUUGGUUGGUUAGUACAUAUCUGUUAAUACUGUAGCAAAGAGUGUGACUAGGAAGGUGGUCGCUUAGGAAAUAUGGCUGCUUAACAGAGGUGGCCUCAUGGUCAGGUUUGACUGGUUAUAUCUACAACGACUUUAGCAUGUGUAUUAUUGAUGCCGAAUCUGAUGGUAUGGGUAUGAAUAAUAUAUGAUUAAUUUUAGCUUCAUCUGCUCUACAAGGCCAGGAUGGCCAGGAUCGACGCUGCUAAGAUAUAAUGUUGGUAUUCGGCGGUACCACGGUGAACUGGUUUUCGUCACAUUUUGUUCCGUGUUAAUGUGAGGCUGAUAUUUCGCCACAUCGCUGCAGAACCACCGAAACGCCAAAACAUCCAUUGUACUGUUGGGAGUAAUAAUCGGGAUAGUGCUGCUGCACAUACCUGCUAUUUGUGUACCUGUUUGUUUAUUUGGGAAGUCUCUAGUUUUCUGUACUUGUUUUUCUUGCAUCAGUGUACUUGCUGGAAUGUACGUACGAAUGUGGCAUUUCCUUCGCGGCAUUGUGUCUGCGAAACAUGUGAGCCCGGAAGUAUUAGUGGUGUGCGUGCGCAUAGCAUGUGUCUGCGAAACAUUAGGUAAACAAAACACACAUUUUAUUAUAAAUCUAUCAAACAGGUAGAGUGAAAGUAUGUAGCGCUUUUGAUAUUUUAAUUUACAAAAUGGGCAUAGCAUUUGUAAUUAUUUAUACGACAUUUGGAUAUAAUGGUUUAACGAGUUUAAUGUACACAGAAAUACAUUUUAUAGAAAGUAGAAGGGAUAUAGCUCAAAUGAAGUAAGGAAACAUUGCAAAGGUUUUUUUUUAAAUUAAUUGUAAUUGUGUAUAAAACAAAUGUAUAGAGCAUGUUAAUAUCCCUUUCUCUGUAAAACGAUCUUCUAUAGUGUAACGGCAAACUUCUUCAGGAGUUCAUUAUGUACUUUUUAUUGUUGGAAAAAAGGGAGAAAACAAAGAAGAAAAAACCCACAAGUUAAUUACACAACAACAAAACACUUCACAUACCAGCAUGCACUGCAGAAUUGAAGAUUCAAUCAAGAGAAACAACCAUGUACUUCAAUCGAUACUUUCUUCUAUAGCUGUUUACACUGGGAAAGUUCUAAAACUUGUUUUCAAUUUUAAUCUUGGCAGCUGCCACAGAAUCUAUUUUUGGACUUUUCGGCAUGUUGUAAGAAGAUAAAAACAGUUUUUAUACUCUUCUACAUAUACCGAACCAUGCGUGUGGUUAUUUUGAUCUUCACAAAACUGCAGAAUUGCAAGAAGGAAAUGGUUGUUUAAGAUGGGUCAUUAGAUUGGCAUGAAAUGGUAAUUCAUCUUUUGAUACAUUUUGUUUAUUGCAGUAGUCGUUGCUUUAUAUGGCUCUGUAAUACAAUAUUUUCAGUUUAGCUCCGUGUUUAUUUGUUUUGAUAUUUUGUUAAAUAAUUUUGUUUUGGUUUGUUUUAGCUUCCUUUUAAAGAAAUAUAAUAGUUUACUCAAGAAAAGAUGAAGAAAUCAUGAAAAGAGUUAACUGAUGUGGUUAACAAUGUUAUAUUCCCGGCUUGAACACAAACUGAUAAAGGUACAUGAUGUUUUUUUAAAGGGUUUUUUCAUGAUACAAUGGUAAAAUUAUACACUGUCAAAAAUGGACCUAAAAUGUUAACAAGAUAUUGACAAUUUUAAGAGACGGAUGGGAUUCAAACAAACAUCAAAGAAAUCUAAUAUUCGCGUUCCUUUCCUUGUAUAUGUAUAUGUUUAAGUCGGGCGUAUUUCGCAUCACCUUGGCAACAACAGUCUGAUUAGCACAUUAAAUACUGAAGUAUUA